AUCAAGGAGGAGACGGAGCGUGUGGAGGUGGAGCACAAGGAGGCCGUGGCCACCGCCAAGAAGGCGCGCGAGAACCACAAGGCCUGGGAGUCCAACAGGGACAGCCGCGUGACCAACUGGCGCGACUACGUGCAGGGCUCCAAGGGCAAGGCCAAGGCGGCGACCCAGCUCAAGCCGCCGAAGCUGAAGACCAACGACGAGGACAAGCUCUACGUCCAGCGGCCGGUGGGGGAGCAGUUCCGGCCGCCGCCGCCCAAGCCGGCGGGGCCAAAGGGGGAGCGCGCGUGA